AAGGUCCAGAUCCUGAUGUCUCCGAUCUCCUGCUUCCACUGUGUCCUCCUGGGUCUCCUGGCCACCGGUUUCUUCCCGCGAGGUGAGUCCCCCUUUCUAAAGCCCUCAGAAUCCAGCCCAUGCUACACAAAGCAAACAAAUCACAAAUUUGAAGAGCUCAGAGGGAACCCCCAGCGGUCAUCUAGCCCAACCCCCCUGAAAUACAGGAACCGCAGCUAAAUAAUCCCUGAGAGAAGGCUAUCCAGACAUGGGAACCAUCAGUCUCCCCAGGAUUCGAGUUCCAUUUACUGGUCCAGGACUAGCACAGCUUCUCCUGAGAUCCCUGCACUGCCCGGGGUUGUGCUAGAUGACCUUUGGGGGUCCUUUCAAAUUCAUUCCUGACUCAUGUGUAAUAGAGACAUGGAGCUGGGUAUUGCCAGCAUACUGUAAGCUGUCCCAUUCCUCUGGGGGGUGUCCCUUCUGUGGGCACCGUUUGGGUCGGGGAAUAUAUAUAUAUAUAUAUAUAUAUAUAUAUAUAUAUAUAUAUAUAUAAUGUUUAUUUAAACAUACCAUUUUCAACAGUAAUUAAACAUAUUUUUACAUCUUACUCAAUAUUUUUGACUUCCAUCAGUCCUGUCUGAAAACUUUCCAAUCUAAUCUCUUAGUAUACAUUUCUUAUUUUCCCUGUUGCGUUUAAAACUCAUAACCAAUAUCUCUGUUCUUUAUCUGCUUUGCAGCACUUCAUAUAUUCUUCCUUACAAAACUUCUUGUGGUCCUACUACCGUAAUUUGUUGGCUACAAUUGCUUUUCAAAUAGUUCAUCUACUUCUUCCAAUCUUCUGUAAGUCUCUGGUCCCGCAGGUUUCGAAUCCUUCCUGUCCUUUUGUCCAAUUCUGCAUAGUCCAUUGUUUUUGUCUGCCAUUCUUCAGUUCGGGGAAACUAUUUCCACCCCUCUCGCUCCAGUAUUGUGUCCCUGACUAUGUUUCUGUGCCCCACAUACAGGCACCGAGGCGCUUGAGUGUCCCACCGGCUGGCUGCUGCACGGAGCCUACUGCUAUGGAGUCUUCGGCAGUAAAUUAUCCUGGAAAGAGGCUGAUGUAAGAGGGAUGUUAUUGUUGCUUGGAAGGCACCGAAACUCGUCUCGAGAGAUGCUUGCGAGCAGAAAAGGGUCAGGCAGGAGGAGCUGCGUCAAGCAAAGGCCUUAGUUAGAAACACAGUGGCCUUAUGAUGGCCACAUGGUCUAUGGUUUGCUCCAAGGCAGCGUCCACAGCCCUCCCUGCCCUAUUUCAUCCUCGCAACCAGUGCCGUCUUUCCCAUACAGCUUAGUGGUUUGUUGCACCAGGGCGAUGGCCUCUCAAGGGCGCCCAGCGAGUAGGGGAGCUGCGUGGCUUUGCCGGUGGCCUCCCCUUUCCCCGAACGCCCGCCAGCAGCUCCCCGUCAAACAUAUGGCUGGCAGGCACGCAGCUUCCUUCCCAAGCCUCCGUGGGAGGAGGGCGAUUUUGGCAGAGGCUUGGGGAAAGGUUGACAACUCUGGGAAAUGGAGGGGGGGCACCGGAGGAAUCUUUGCACCACGGUCGUUCAGCCCAGACACUGAGGUCCAGCUCCGAGGGCCUUCUGGCGGUUCCCUCACUGUGAGAUUACAGGGAACCAGGCAGAGGGCCUUCUCGGUGGUGGUGCCCACCCUGUGGAAUGCCCUCGUAUCAGAUGUCAAGAAAAUAAACAACUACAGAGGUACCUCGGGUUACAGAUGCUUCAGGUUACAGACUCUGCUAACCCAGAAAUAUUACGUCGGGUUAAGAACUUUGCUUCAGGGUGAGAACAGAAAUCGUGCGGUGGCAGCAGGAGGCCCCAUUAGCUAAAGUGGUACCUCAGGUUAAGAACAGUUUCAGGUUAAGUUAGGGCAGGGCAGGGUUGAGACUAGAAGAUGACCAGGUGAAAUCCACUUGGCGGCUUCCCAUUAAACACCGAAGCUCCGUCCCUUCCUCCUAGAACAUGGGUUGGUAAACUAAGGGCCAUGCGCCGGAUCAGGAACAAUUGCCUUCUGAAUCUGGCCUGUGGACGGUCCAGGAAUUGCCGCGUGGAUCGCCAGCACAUGCGUUCUUUCCCUCUCCCUCCCUCCCUCUCCCAUGAUGGCGGCGGCGCCUCCUCCUCCCCCCCGGCUUCUCCCCGCCCUGCCUAGAGGAGGAAGGGGGCUGCGCUUUGUUGGUGCCAGCAGCAGCAGCCCUCAGGCAGCCGCCAUUUUAAGCAGCCCCUCUCCGGAGCCCUUUUGUGCGCUGCUCAGCGUCCCUCCACCACCACCGCCAGCCCCUGCCGCUCGCAAGACACAGGUAAGCAGCCACUGGGGCUCAUUGUGCUCUCGCAUCAUUCCCCCCCCCCCAAAAAAAUAUAGUCCAGGCCCCCACAGGGUCUGAGCGACAGUGGAGCGGCCCUCUGCUGGAAAAGUUUGCUGACCCCUGUCCUAAAAGGUAAAGGGACCCCUGACCAUUAGGUCUGGUCGUGGCUGACUCUGGUGUUAUGGUGCUCAUCUCGCUUUAUUGGCCGAGGGAGCCAGCGUACAGCUUCCGAGUCAUGUGGCCAGCAUGACUAAGCUGCUUCUGGUGAACCAGAGCAGCGCACGGAAACGCCGUUUACCUUCCCAUCAGACCUAUUUAUCUACUUGCACUUUGAUGUGCUUUCGAACUGCGAGGUUGGCAGGAGCAGGGACCGAGCAACGGGAGCUCACCCCGUCACGGGGAUUCGAACCGCCGACCUUCUGAUCGGCAAGUCCUAGGCUCUGUGGUUUAACCCACAGCGCCACCCAUGUCCCCUUUUCCUUAGGACAUCCUUAUUUUCGUCAGAGAAAUGUUGGAGGGUAUGGAGUUAUGUGACACCCCCCCAAAGCCAAAGAGAUAAGUAGGUUGGGUAUAUUUAGCCUGGAAAAGCUGUUAAGCUUUUGUUUUGACAAAGUUUUUUUUAAGGAAAAUCACCCAAAAAAUCUACACGGGUCGCCCUAGGCCCUGGUUCCCCCCGACAUUUUAAAUGAUGUUCGGAAAUUCUGCCCUGGCACUAUUUCUGGCAGACGGAUCCUGAAUAUGUGUGGGAAAUCUGAGACAUAUGGCAGACCUACUUAAAAAAAAGAGCGGCGUGUGCCAUUCGUGGCUUCUUCAAGCGUGCAACAGUGAGCUACAAAUCCAAUAGUAAUGAGCCCUGCUUUUUCUCUGACCAAUUCAGGAGGACUGCAUGGCUUACAGCAAGCGAGGACGCCUGGCCUCCAUCCUCUCCUCGUCUCAGGGUGCGAUGAUCAGCAGCCACCUCCAGACCCUGGAGGACGAAGAGGAUUUUCCGACUGGUAUCUGGAUUGGAAUGCACGACCCCAACAAGGUGAACGUCCAAUCCCAGACCUGCAGACCCCUCUCUGCCAAAGCCCCACAGGGUAGAAGGUGUGGGUCAGAGAAGGCAGGAGCAGGGAGGUGCGAGAAAGCCAAAGAGGGGCACCAGGGAUAAUCAUCAUCAUCAUCAUUUAUUAUUUAUACCCCACCCAUCUGGCUAGGUUUCCCCAGCCCCUCUGGGCGGCUUCCAACAAAGUUUUUAAAUACAGUGGUCUGUUAAACAUUAAAAACUUCCCUAAGCAGGGCUGCCUUCAGAUGUCUUCUACAUAGAAUCAUAGAAUCAUAGAGUUGGAAGAGACCACAAGGGCCAUCGAGUCCAACCCCCUGCCAAGCAGGAAACACCAUCAGAGCACUCCUGACAUAUGGUUGUCAAGCCUCUGCUUAAAGACCUCCAAAGAAGGAGACUCCACCACACUCCUUGGCAGCAAAUUCCACUGUCGAACAGCUCUUACUGUCAGGAAGUUCUUCCUAAUGUUUAGGUGGAAUCUUCUUUCUUGGAGUUUGGAUCCAUUGCUCCGUGUCCGCUUCUCUGGAGCAGCAGAAAACAACCUUUCUCCCUCCUCUAUGUGACAUCCUUUUAUAUAUUUGAACAUGGCUAUCAUAUCACCCCUUAACCUCCUCUUCUCCAGGCUAAACAUGCCCAGCUCCCUUAGCCGUUCCUCAUAAGGCAUUGUUUCCAGGCCUUUGACCAUUUUGGUUGCCCUCCUCUGGACACGUUCCAGUUUGUCAGUGUCCUUCUUGAACUGUGGUGCCCAGAACUGGACACAGUACUCCAGGUCAGGUCUGACCAGAGCAGAAUACAGUGGCACUGCAUUUUGCUGCUGCAUUACGCUGUGGGCUCAUGUUAAGCUUGUGGUCCACCAAGACCCCCAGAUCCUUGCUGUGAGGAUUAAAGGGGGAUGAGAAUUAUAUAAGCAUCCUUCAGCUCCUUGGAGGAAUGGUGGCAUACAUAUUAAAUAAUAACAAUAAUAAUAAUAACAACAAUAAUAAUAUCUGUCAUCAUCUUUACAGAAGGGAUAUUGGAAAUGGGCAGAUCUUUCGAUACCGAACUAUUCACCUUGGAGUAAAGAGGAGGUUUUGCCUGAACCUGGUACCCCGACAAAAGGAGGCUGCGUCUACCUGUCUGCCAGAACAGGUGAGGAGGUGCUCAGGCAACCGGGAGUCAAGGAUCUCACCCCAGGGACAUGUGGGGAGCAGGUGUCCCACAAGCCCCCUUCACUCCUUUCUCAAUCAAAAGUCAAGUGUACCAACUCUGGCCAGUCUCAACAUUUUCUGCUGGCAAAGGGGGGAACUCAACUACGACCCCCGUGGCUCUGUGUGCGAAUCAGGCCAAAGUGGGACCAUCUAGUCCAUUGUCCAGAUUCCCCCAAAUUCACCUUCAUCCCCACAUUUCUACAGCAAUUUGCAAUGACCUUUUUUAAAAAAAAAUCCUCGUUAAAAUCUGCCAGUGUUUCACUGCACACUUCCCCCAAUAAACACAUAUCGGGGUGCAAGUUUUGACUAAGGCACAUAUUCCCCCCCCCCCCGCAAGCAACCUCCCCUAAUAUAAUGCACUUAUACUUUUCACCAACGCGUUGGCUUUUAUGCGCACUUGUGCAUUUUUGUAAAAUUUCCGGAUUGCCAGCUUCAGAUUGAAUGUGAUUUCCGAAGGAUAGCUGUGUUUUGGUUCUCGUAUAGCAUUGGAAAGUGAAAAUUCGAUAGCUUCGGUUUUAAACGUGAGCUGGAUCGAAUUUCUCCCUCGUCCCUAUCUAUAAGCACCAGCAAAGCUCUGUUCCUUGGGGCAGAUCAGUGCUUGGAAGGCGGGGAAAUUCUCCUCUACGUUUCCGAGCACAAUUCAAAGUGUUGGUGCUGACCUUGAAAGCCCUAAAUGGCCUCGGUCCUGUAUACCUGAAGGAGCAUCUCCACCCCAUCGUUCAGCCUGGACACUGAGGUCCAGCUCCGAGGGCCUUCUGGCGGUUCGUUCGCUGUGAGAAGCCAAGUUACAGGAAACCAGGCAGAGGGCCUUCUCCGUGGUGGCACCCGCCCUGUGGAACGCCCUCCCACCAGAUGUCAAAGAGGAAAACAGCUACCAGACUUUUAGAAGACAUCCGAAGGCAGCCCUGUUUAGGGAAGCUUUUAAUGUUUAAUAGGUUAUUGUAUUUUAGUGUUCUGUUGGAAGUCGCCCAGAGUGGCUGGGGAAACCCAGCCAGAUUUGCGGGAUAUAAAUAAUAAAUUAUUAUUAUUAUUGUCCUCUGGGUGAAUCGUAGAAUCGUAGAAUUGGAAGGGACCCCAAGUUUCAUCUAGUCCAACCCCCUGCAAUGCAGGAAUCUCAACCAAAAUAUGCAUUCACUGUCAAGGGCAGUGUAGGUAGAGACAGUGUCUGCCUUACUUUGCUCAUAUCUUCUUUUUUAAAAAAUGAACUUUAUUAUACAUCAGUUAAGAUCAGUUUAGGUAAAGUUAAAGGGACCCCUGACCAUUAGGUCCAGUCGCAGACGACUUUGGGGUUGUGGCACUCAUCUCGCUUUACUGGCCGAGGGAGCCGGCGUACAGCUUCCUUCCCGGUCAUGUGGCCAGCAGGACUAAGCCGCUUCUGGCGAACCAGAGCAGCGCAUGGAAACACCAUUUACCUUCCCACCAAAGUGGUACCUAUUUAUCUACUUGCACUUUUUGGUGUGCUUUCAAACUGCUAGGUUGGCAUGAGCAGGGACCGAGCAAUGGGAGCUCACCCCGUCGCGGGGAUUCGAACCGCUGACCUUCCGAUCAGCAAGCCCUAGGCUCUGUGGUUUAAGUUUACAUAUUAGUAAUAACAUUCAACUUAAACAGUACAAACAAUACAUCCAAUACACACUACACAUAUUACAACAUAAACACGCCACACACACCAUUGGCACUAACUUCCGAUUCCUUUCAUUGUGCUAUUUUAUGUUUUGUUAAUCUAGACACAUUUCAUUAUCAUUAUUUUAGUUUCCAUGUCUUCCAACUGAUUUUAUUAUAUACUUUCUUUAUAUUCUAUGGUUCAUUCUAUGUCUGCCAGGAGGUUAGCAUUAUCACAGUAAUUUCUAAUGUAUUCGUUUUAAAAUUAUCCAAUCUUUAUUAACUUUUUGUAUUGAGUUUCUUCUUAUUCUGCCUGUCAUCUUUGCGAGUUGUAAACAUCCAAUCAUUUUCACUCACCAGUCCGUUUCGGCGGGGAUGUUGUCACUUUUCCGGUUCUUAGCUAUUAGAAUCCUAGCUGCUGUGGUUACGUACAUGAAAAGGGGUAUCAGAUUUUACUUUAUUUCAGUGGGCAUUAUCCCUAACAGGAAGUUUUUUGGGGGGAAUGAAAAUUUAAGAAUCUUCUUAAGUUCAUUAUAUAUGGCAUCCCGAAAUCCUCUUAUUCUUUCACACUCCCACCACAUGUGCAUAAAUGUACCUUUGCUCAUAUCUUCCAGAUUUUGCAAAAUUUCACAUUGCACCAUGCUCAGAAAAGAUGAGGUACAUGUGCAAGAUGACGUUCGGGUGAAAGCAGCUGUCUGACUGUGUCUGCAAAGGACCCCUGGCAGCAGAAAAGCAAAAGAGCUCUUGGACAAGAAAACCGGCAAAGAAUGGCCCCUUCCCAACUCCAGCACACCAGGCCCCUCUCCUUAUCAUCAUGGGGGUUGUGGUGAGGCAAACUGGCUCCUGCUGAACC